CGAACGUUUCGAUUUUCUCCCCACUAAUGUAUCAUAUCUUGAUACUGACAAAUAACUUUCUCGCGAAAGUCGAAAAUAAUAUGGGAGUAAGAAAGCUAGGGCGAUAAAGAAAGCACGGUGAAACGCAGAGAAGAACGAAAAGGAAGACGCGCCCGUGCGCACCAAUGGCGGCCACCGACCCUUAUUUACCGAGAUCAAAAUGGCUGCCCUUCGUAUUUUCACACGCUCGUGUUUUUCACCGAUUUUUCAUGCUUCCACCGCUUUACAAUCGAUGAAACAUACCUUCCCGACUAUCACCGAGAUAAGUAAAAGAUGGAGUAGUUACAAAUCUUCACCUAUAUACAAGGAUCCUUCUCAUUACACCGAUUAUGAGAUAUCAACUGAUCCAGUAGAAUGGGAUUAUGUUAAACGUUUAAUGAAAAAUAAGGUUAUACCAAAACCAACAAGUACUGAUCAAAAUUUACCUUCUGGAUGGAAACCAGCAACUGCAAAACCAAACGACUACCCUUACUUCAUACAACGUACAAAAAAUCAUAUGCUACCUAUUUAUCUAGCAAGAUCAUUUAGAGGAAUGAGAAGAAUAACACACGUACGAAAGAUACAAGGAGAUAUUUGGAAAUUAGAAGAAGAAUUAAAAAAACAUAUUGAAGAAACAAAGAAAAGAACAGUUGGUAGCAGAGUAAAUGAAAUGGUCGGUGAAAUUAAAUUUAGAGGAGAUUUUGUAUCUUGCGUAAAACAAUGGUUUUUAGAUAAAGGUUUUUAAAUUUAUAUAUAUAUAUAUAUAUAUGUAU